AUGGCCGCGACUUCUCUGCUGGCGCUGCGCGUGCGCUGCGGCGUCCACAGCUGUGUGUCUUCAAGUCGCACCAGACGAGUACAGCGCACCGUCUUCCGUGCGAUCGGGAGUAGAAGUAGCAGCAACAGCAGCAGCAGCAGCAGUAGUAGUAGUAGUAGUAGUAGCCGCAACACCGUUGGCGCUGUCCGUUCUGGUGUCGGCAGCUCUGGAUCAGAGGAUCGCCCUUACAAGCCAACACCGCCCGAGCAGCCCACGGUCGCGAUCGUGGACCGUGUGGUGGCCAAACUCAAUGCCUCGAUCCAGACGUACCCGGGCGAGACCAUUGCCGUGCUCUUUGCGUCCGACAUUUGCAGCAUUGGCGCCAUGUACGGCGUGAUCUCUGUCGUGGGCAUCGACUUUUCCCCCGAGUUCGCACUGGCGUUCGCCGCCAGUCGCCCGUUCCGCCGCUUCCGGUUGCCGCUGGACCUGGUCGUCGCCACGGGCGUUGCCAAGAUCUGUCCCGCUCUUUCGCGCGUGCGGCUCUCGGACCUCGCAGGAGCUCUCCCAGCGCGAGCCAAUGCCUCGGCGUCGUCAGCUUUCUCCGACUCUGGCAUCAUGGCCAAAGCGAUGGCAACGGCAAAGGACGUGAUUGACAACUACGGCGCGGCGUACAUGAUGGGCUCGCGUCUCGCUGGCGUGGGCGUCGUCUGCGCCUUCUACACGCUGAUCAAGCAGGGAGUGGAUCUGAUGCCGAUUCUCGCCUCCCUUGGCGUGCAAGAAGUGGGCUCGACGCUUGGCGGGUAUGCGGCUGCGGUCGUGCUGAGCUCGGCACUGUACCCCGUGACGCUGGGUGCCUCGGGCUACAUUGCGCCAGUGGUUGCCAAGUUGCGCAAGACGAUUACGCCAUGA